AUGACAAUUUCUUUGCUUUCCUGGGAAGCUCUUUUUUUCUUGUUUUUGUCAUUCCUCGUCACCCACAUCAAAGCUCAAUCACCACCCGUUAACGGAACAGACUUUUCAUGCUCUACAAAUUCGCCUGCCUCAUGCAAAUCAUAUGUCACAUACCUUGCCCAGUCACCAGGAUUCAUGGACCUGGGUAACAUAUCUUCUUUGUUUGGGGUCAAUCGCUCGUCGAUUGCAAGAGCCAGUAACUUAGUUUCUGAGGAUUUACUAUUAUUUCCAAACCAACUCCUGCUGGUACCUAUAACCUGUGGUUGCACUGGAAACCAAUAUUUUGCCAAUAUCACUUAUCAGAUCAAGAAAGAUGAUAGCUAUUACUUAGUUUCAAUCAAUUCAUUCGAAAACCUCACCAAAUGGCAAGUUGUGAAAGAGAUGAAUCCCAGUCUGAAUCCAAACCUCUUGCAGGUUGAUGAAAAUGUGACCUUUCCCUUGUUCUGUCAGUGCCCUUCAAAGACUCAUUUGGAGAAGGGAAUCGAAUAUCUAAUUACUUAUGUAUGGCAGCCUACUGAUAAUGUAUGGCAUGUAGGUGCUAACCUAAAUGCAUCACCAUCUGAUAUUGAAACUGAAAAUAAGUACAGAAAUUUUAGUGAUGCAGUAUAUCAACCAGUAUUGAUUCCAGUGUCACAACUACCAGUUCUCUCUCAAUCAUAUCCUUCUCCUCCAAGAAGAAAAGAAUCCAAACAACAUUGCAUUAUGAUCGCGGCUAUAAGCAUUGGAGGUGCUUUUCUGAUUUUACUGUUAGCAGCGUGGGCGGUUUACACUCAUGGUCUUCACAGGAAAAGAAGAAGGACAUUGAGUCGCAAUGGUUCCUCUUUGGAGAGUUCUGAUUUGAUUCCAGUGAAGAAAUUUGGAAAUAGUGAAAGUUUCGGGCCAAAGAUUAUACAGGAUAAACUACUUCCAGGGGUUUCAGGCUAUCUGAGCAAGCCAAUCGUGUAUGAGAUUAAAGUGAUUAUGGAGGCCACCAUGAACCUAAGUGAACAGUACAGGAUUGGAAGAUCAGUGUACAGGGCAACCAUUAACGGAAAGGUCCUAGCUGUAAAGAAUAUCAAGGAAAAUGUCACAGAGGAGCUAAGCAUUCUACAGAGAGUAAACCAUGCUAAUCUUGUGAAAUUGAUAGGUGUCUCAUCAGAUUUUGAGGGAAACCGCUUAUUGGUUUAUGAAUAUGCUGAAAAUGGGUCGCUGGGUAAGUGGUUGCACCCCAAAUCUUCAACCUCUUCUGGAUCUGCAGCUUUUCUUACUUGGAGCCAGAGGUUACAUGUAGCACUGGAUGUUGCCAAUGGCCUGCAAUACAUGCAUGAACAUACUCAACCCAGUAUUGUUCAUCGGGAUAUCAGAACAGCCAAUAUACUUUUAGACUGCCGGUUUAAGGCCAAGAUAGCAAAUUUCUCAUUGGCUACACCAGCCACGAAUGAUGUGAUGCCAAAAGUUGACGUGUUUGCUUUUGGGGUCGUUCUGUUAGAGUUGCUUUCCGGAAAGAAAGCUAUGAGGACUAAAGAAAACGGUGAGACUUUUAUGCUGUGGAAGGAGAUAUCCGAGGUCUUGAAAAUUGAAGAGAAGAGAGAGCAGAGACUAAGAAAUUGGAUGGACCCAUACUUGGAGAGCUUCUAUCCAAUUGAUGGCGCGAUGAGCUUGGCAACAUUGGCAAGGGCGUGCACUGUGGAGAAGCCUUUGUCAAGGCCAAGUAUGGGAGAAGUCGUCUUCGGCCUCUCCAUUCUCGCUCACUCUUCAGAGACAUUAGAAAGGUCUUGGACUACUGGAUUAGAAGCAGAAGAAGUUCUUCAGGUUAUCAGUCCAGUCAAAGCUCGUUGAUGAACUGAAUUAACGUAAUCUGCCAAAGUAGAUCUCAUAUUAUUCAUGUUUAUUAUAAUGAAAUAUCUGUAUACACUCUUUCUGAUUUUGGUUAUCUCAUAUUUUUAUUGUAGUUGGUUUCCCUGGUAUGAAU